UUUCAUGUUGGUGCAAGGACAAGUGAUGAGCGACAGCGAGCUCUUUCCAGUUUCCAUGUUCGAGGUGGAUUCUGGCGAACACCAGCCGAUUGAUCCGCAGAAAAACGACGAAAUCGAGCCUCUCGAAGGAGAAAACGCUACUGAAAGUACCGUUAGGCGAGCAGUUGGUCAAGAAAUUAACGAUGAUGUUAAGCCGUUAAAAAAAGAAAUUGCUGAUGCUUAUGGUUUCGUCAAAGAUCCUAAUAAAGACCAGUGGAAGACACUACCAAGUUUUAAAGGUCAAAUCGGAAAAAGAGGCUGGGCAGCAGCAGCGCAGUUGGCAGAGGAAUUCUUCAGAAACAACAACAACCAAGAAACACCUUGGAAACAUUUACUGGCCACACGAACCCCUAUCAACCUCCUUUACAUUACAGCUGCUAGAUACCUUUUUGUAACUCACGUUCUUUGGGAAAAAAGUAAUAGAAGGUUAGUCGCUUGCAAGGAAAAUAGAGAAAGAUACAGCGAUAUUAUUAAAAGCUUCAAGAUCCCUGCAACUGGAGUGUGUUUUCCUUUACCUUAUGGCAGCGCCACCUACAAAUCAGACUACGACGUCGGGCUCAUCGGAAAAGAUUCUGGAACCGUCACACAGAGCUUUAAUCAGUAUUUUCAAGCCGCCGCCCCGGAUGGAUUCGGCAAACCCUCGGAGCUUGUAUUGGACACAAAUGUUUACGCCUUCACUCUAGAAUUCGCCAUGCCUGCGAUGUUUCCCAGCCUUCCCUCCUCAUUUAUUUUCAAUCUCCACAGACUUGAGCAAAUGAGUUGGUACAAAAUGCAAGAAUUGGCCAGUGCUUAUUACAAGGUCUUCAAGUACAACAACACUUUCUUUGAGGAAAUGAAAGAAGAAGCUAUUCAGAAAAUGAAAGUUACAGGCGCCGAACGGGCCAUGAAACAUUUGCAACAUUGGCUCAAAACAUUUCAAGAUAUGGACAAGCAGCAGGCUUUGAGACAAACUAAUGAGAUUUCACCGACUGCGUUCAGAUUAGCCCACAAUAAUAAGUACCAGGAGUACCUGCAAAGCAUGUCAAAGUAUGGAGGAUACGACAAGCGAUCAACAGUUUACCUCGCCAAGGCCCUGCUCUACGCUGCAGAGGCAUAUCACACCCGAGGCGCCAUUCGACAUGUAGUCCAGGGCAUGCAGAUGAAUGCGAUCACCACGUGUCAAUAUUACACGCCGCUAUCAACGUACGACCUGUGGGUAUCGAUGAUUGAAAACUGGGGAGAGGCAAAUAAGGAGUACCAACACUGUGGAAAUAUACCCGUGGCGGACUGCUUGAUGAAGAUGAGCAAGUACCUGUCGAGGAUGUUUGACGCCAUGCGAGUGAUCCGCCGUACCCGUCUGCCAAAGAAAGACAGAAAAGGAUUGCUAGACUUCGGAUCAACUAAGGACCCAGAGCUCGCGAUAAACCUUUUACUGCGAUACAAAAGAAGUGGUGAGGGUUUCUCCCCAAUAGCUCAAGAGCUUCUACCAGGAUUUUUGCAACAGUUCGAUUGUAAUAAUGUGUCAUAUGAUCGGAAAUUUCCGGAGGCAUGCUUGAAAAAUAUCCAUGAUGCAGUGAACGCCUACAAUAAAGUUUUGGCUGCCAAAGUGAACAAGAUAAAUGGGUUGAAAACCAAAUUAACCCUUUGACCUUUCCAUAGCACUGCAGGUAACUUCGCUAAACAAGGUUUGCAUAUCGUGAAAUUAAGAGACAGGUGGAAAUGAAAAUUCAUCAACUAAGAAAAUUGCAAAUUCUCAAAAAUUUCAUAUAAAGAGACGCUUUCAAAACAGCGCAGCCUAAAACAUAUUCUCUAUUUAUUCAUUUCACAUUUACUGUAUAUCAAAUAAGUCUUUACUUCUCUGUAAUAAGGAGCUUUAAGAUCAAGGAGAGCCAAUAUGUACUAGUGUAUUGAUAAACAUUUAGUUCAUGCUGUUCCUUACGCAUCAUAUGGCCAAGAAACACCAAUCGGCCGAAGAUUUCCUUGUCCCUGUUGGCCGUGUAGAGUAUAAUGAGCACACAACGGGUGAGUUGAAGUGAAAAUCCUUGCAUGGCUGUACGUUGGUAGUC